AUGCCAACCUCCAAACGACUCAGAGUCUCGGAGGACGAUCCCCUCACCCGAGCAAUUGCACCUCCUCCUUACGAAACACCUGCAGAGCGGGAGGAACGACUGGCGGCAGAACAAGAAGCAAAGCGCGUCUCUGACGCAAUUGACGAGGAGCUCAACAAACAACGUAUCUCAGAGAAGAAAGGUCCCAAAGCAAUCAAGAUACUGCUCCUAGGCAAAUCGACAACGCUGAAAAACUUCCAACUCAUGAACUCUCCUAAAGCCUUUCGCUCAGAGCGUGCUUCGUGGAGAGCGGUCAUCCAACUCAAUGUUGUUCAAUCUGUUCACGCCAUCUUGGACCUAAUGUCCAGGGCACAUUCCUCGGCACACAACCCUUCAGCCUCGAUGAAUCACACAGCAAAUUCCCCUUCUACACCGUCCAAGGAAUAUCCUCCACUCAACCCAGAGCAUUUGAAGCUCAAGAUGCGCCUAGCUCCAUUACUACAAGUCGAGGCUGCGUUAAUGAAGAAGCUUCUCCUCAAUGGCCACUCCCAGCUCUCUAAUCCUGCACAUUCCCAGCAAGAAAUCAGUGUCAACUCUUCCGCAGGCUGGAAGAACACGUUCAGUCGGCUGAUGGGUCGAAAUAGUUGUGACAGCGCAGAUCUAAUCGACUGGUCUGACCCGGACGACCCUGGCGUAGUUCUGAACGCUUGCGCAGAAGACAUGAAGCGGCUUUGGACGGACCCUAUCGUUCGGAAAUUGAUGGAGGUCGAGAAGAUGAGACCAGAAGAGAUGGCUGGGUUCUUCCUUGAUGCACUGGAUCGAGUAACUUCACCGCGGUACAUACCCACUGAUGAUGAUGUUCUGCGCGCGCGGCUAAAGACACUUGGAGUAUCAGAACAUCGAUUUACUAUGAAAACAGGUCACAUGGGAUCACCUAUGAGCCAUGACUGGCGCGUGUUUGAUGUUGGCGGCCAAAGAUCACUGAGAGCCGCAUGGGUGCCCUACUUCGAUGACAUGAAUGCCAUCAUUUUCCUGGCACCCAUAAGUUGCUUUGACCAGGUUCUCCAAGAAGACCCAUCUGUAAAUAGAUUGGCUGAUUCUUUCCUCCUAUGGAAGUCUAUCGUGUCUAAUCCCCUGUUGAAGAAGACAGAGCUGAUACUGUUUCUAAAUAAAUGCGAUAUCCUUCGCGCGAAGCUCGCUUCAGGCAUUCGCUUAGCUGAUUACAUUGUCAGCUAUGGGAGUCGGCCGAAUGACUUUGAAAGUGCUAGUCAAUACCUAAAGAAGAAAUUCGCUGGCCUGCUAAAAGAGCAUUCUCCUGAGCGACUAUACUAUUUCCAUCUGACAUCUGUAACUGACACGAAAUCGACAACAUACAUCCUCGAGAACGUGCAAGAUGUUCUCGUCCGUGACAACCUGAGGAGAAGCGCGCUUGUAACCUAA